UUAUUGAUACAGCACGCGGCGUACAUCGUUGCCAUGGCUGAGCUGGUCCAGGCCUCGCAGUCCCGGAGCAGUGUGCAGUCCCCACCUGCAAGUGGACAGAGCGGAACCUCUGCUGCUGCAGCAGUCGUCACCGCCGGGGCCACAGCAGGAAGUAGCGCGGGCAGCAGCGACCCGGCCAGGCCCGGGCUGAGCCAGCAGCAGAGAGCCAGCCAGAGGAAAGCUCAAGUCAGGGCCCUUCCCCGGGGCAAGAAGCUGGAAAAGCUCGGGGUGUUCUCUGCCUGUAAGGCAAAUGAUGUCUGUAAAUGCAAUGGAUGGAAGAACCCCAACCCACAAACCGCACCUAGGAUGGACCUUCAGCAGCCUGCAGCCAGCCUGAGCGAGCCCUGCCGAAGCUGUAGUCACUCACUGGCGGACCACGUGUCACACUUAGAAAAUGUAUCUGAAGAUGAGAUCAAUCGCUUGUUGGGCAUGGUGGUGGACGUGGAGAACCUCUUCAUGUCCGUACACAAGGAGGAGGACACCGACACCAAGCAAGUGUACUUCUACCUGUUUAAGCUUCUUAGAAAGUGUAUCCUGCAGAUGAACCGGCCGGUGGUUGAAGGCUCUCUAGGAAGUCCACCAUUUGAAAAGCCAAAUAUUGAACAGGGGGUGUUGAAUUUUGUGCAGUACAAGUUUAGUCAUCUCCAGCCAAAAGAGCGGCAGACGAUGUACGAACUCUCCAAGAUGUUCCUUCUGUGUUUAAAUUAUUGGAAGCUGGAGACCCCUUCACAGUUCCGUCAGAGGUCACAAAGUGAGGACGUGGCCACAUAUAAGGUUAAUUACACAAGGUGGCUGUGCUACUGUCAUGUCCCGCAGAGCUGUGACAGCUUGCCCAGAUAUGAAACUACACAUGUGUUCGGAAGAAGCUUGCUCCGCUCUAUCUUCACAGUUACGCGUAGACAGCUGCUGGAAAAGUUCAGGGUGGAAAAGGACAAAUUGGUUCCAGAGAAGAGGACACUUAUUCUCACGCACUUUCCCAAAUUUCUUUCGAUGUUGGAAGAAGAGAUAUAUGGUGAAAGUUCUCCUAUCUGGGAAGCUGAUUUUACUGUCUCUAACACCGAAGGUCCUCAGCUAGUGUCCCGCCCCGCUGCUGUGAAUACCACCACUGCUCCCAGUACACCGCUCUUCAGCAACAGCCUGAACAACAACUCCUCCCUAACAUCCAGUGGAGAGACUGGGAACUCAGAACCCAUGCCAGGAGAAAAACGGAAAUUAUCAGACAGCCUGACUCUGGAGGACGCCAAAAGAAUCCGGGUGAUGGGCGACAUUCCCAUGGAGUUGGUGAAUGAAGUCAUGCUGACUAUCACUGAUCCGGCUGCCAUGCUGGGCCCAGAUACAAGCUUACUGUCUGCUAAUGCUGCCCGAGAUGAGACUGCUCGCUUAGAGGAGCGCAGAGGGAUCAUAGAGUUUCAUGUGAUUGGAAACUCUCUAUCUCAAAAGUCCAAUAAGAAGAUCCUCAUGUGGCUUGUCGGGUUGCAGAAUGUCUUCUCCCAUCAGCUUCCCCGAAUGCCCAAGGAAUACAUCACCCGGCUGGUGUUUGACCCGAAGCACAAAACGUUGGCUCUUAUCAAAGAUGGACGUGUUAUUGGGGGCAUCUGCUUCCGGAUGUUCCCCACCCAAGGCUUUACAGAGAUUGUGUUCUGUGCAGUGACGUCUAAUGAGCAAGUCAAGGGCUACGGAACGCAUUUAAUGAACCACUUGAAGGAAUACCACAUUAAACACAACAUCUUGUACUUUCUUACAUACGCAGAUGAAUAUGCUAUUGGGUAUUUUAAAAAGCAGGGGUUUUCAAAAGAUAUUAAGGUCCCUAAGAGUCGUUACCUGGGUUACAUCAAGGAUUAUGAAGGAGCCACCUUGAUGGAGUGUGAGCUUAACCCUCGAAUUCCUUACACUGAGCUCUCCCAUAUCAUCAAAAAACAAAAAGAGAUCAUUAAGAAACUAAUUGAACGCAGACAAGCUCAGAUCCGCAAAGUUUAUCCCGGGCUCACAUGCUUCAAAGAAGGAGUGCGACAGAUUCCCGUGGAAUGUAUACCAGGCAUACGAGAAACUGGGUGGAAACCAUCUUGCAAAGAAAAAGGGAAGGAAAUCAAAGACCCCGACCAGCUGUACAAUGUCUUGAAGAACUUGCUAGCACAGAUCAAGACACACCCAAGUGCUUGGCCUUUCAUGGAACCUGUCAAGAAAUCUGAAGCUCCAGAUUACUAUGAAGUAAUCCGGUUUCCAAUUGACCUGAAGACAAUGACAGAAAGGCUGAAGAACCGAUACUAUGUGACCAAGAAGAUCUUUAUUGCUGACCUGCAGAGAAUAAUCACCAAUUGCCGAGAGUACAACCCCCCAGACAGCGAUUACUGCAAGUGUGCCAACACGCUGGAGAAGUUCUUCUACUUCAAGCUGAAGGAAGGAGGCCUGAUAGAUAAAUAAUUGUCCCGAUAAUUCCGGCCCUACAUCAACUAUUCCAUUCCAACUUCAUGAUCUUUGACUUGCCGACAACUUCAGUGGCAAAAUUUGCCUUAUGAAAUACGCAAAACUGUCUGAUUAUGUGAGUCUACCAACGGUGAGAGCUCCUUCACCAAACGGGGAAAUGACACUGACGCCUAAGUGUGUGGCAGUCCUACCCCCUGAGGCUGAGGUGUCGGAGCCUUAUUUCUGAAGCUCUCUGGACUUUUGGGAGCUGCGUCACUUUAUUUUUUUGCCACAAGACAGCAAAACUGCAACUGUUUACAGGACUAAUGGAGCGUCCAUUCAUUCCACAAGCUCCUUGAUAAAAUCAGAAAGAAUAACUUAUUAGGUAAUCCACAAAAAAUACUGAUCACAUCUGAUAAAUUUUUUCUUUUUAAUUUGCCGCAUUGUGGAUGUUCCAUUGUGAUGACCUAGAACUUAUCUGUGUGCUAGGCGUCGCCUGCCAUGAGAAGUAUGUGAAGGUGCUUGGUCAGGUCUGGUUGGAGUAUUAGGUCUCACUGGCAAACCAGAAAUGUCUCCUCUGGUUAAAAAUAACAGUGCUGUGUUGAAAUGAAUUGAAUUGGGGCAUUAGAGGUUCAUUGUGGCUUCCACAGCAGGGGGCUUUACAGCGGACUGGUUUGUGAAUCAAAGCCAAACAACUCUCAAUGGUAACAGUGCACCCAUGUAGCUCUUGUGGGAUUACGUUUUUCUGUAAAGUUGUGGGACAACCUAAAGGGGUAUUCCCUUUGGCACUUUGCAGGCUAUGGGACCCGCACCUUUCAGACAUUGGAGGCAUAGCCUAGCCAUAUGCCCUCAAUAUCCAAGAUAGGAAUAACCCUUUAAUUACGGCUGGCACAUUUGAUUGAGUGGAUUGAUGGCUAGUGCUCCUGAAUUCUAUGAUUCCUGGAGGUCUGACCCUUGGAUCUCCCACAAUCACAAGGUGUCCUGGAGUCUCAUGUGUGAAUGGAGUGGUCGUGCGUAGCCGUGACCACUGCUCCAUUAACUAUGUAUGUCACUGAUGGAGUUAGCCAAGUACAAUGUUCGGGUAUCUCUAUCGCUUCUAUAGACGGUGUAUGGAUUGCUGGUCACACAUACGCAUUACCACUCCACUGAGACAAGGGACCCCAGACCAGUAUUGUGAUGGAUAGGGGACCCAGCAGUCAUACAUUUAUCACCUAUCCUUUGGACUGGUGAUAAAUGUUGUUUAUGGGAAAACCACUUUAAAGAGGUUAUGCACUAAUUUCCAGAUCUCUCAGACUGGUGAGACCCACAUUCUUGAUCAUACUUACCUGAUCCCUGGCCUCCGCUAUUUGUCUUGGGUCAUUCCAUGUAAACUUCCGGUUUGAGACCGCUGCAUUGGUGAUCUGCUCCCCUUGUGUCAUGUGGCCAUUGGACAUGACGUAAGGGGAGCAGCGGCCAGUGAUUGGCUGCAGUGACAUCAAACAAAGUUUACAUGGAGGGAUCCAGUGCCAUGGAUCAGACAAGUAUGAUCACUAACACUGGUCCUACCAGUGUGACAGGUCUGGAAAUUGGUGCACAACCCCUAAGGGAGUAACUUACAUUUUACAUUCCAGCAAAACUAUGUAGACCUACCUACACGAAGUAUAGAAGUGUAUUUUAUAUAUUAUUUCUGCAUUGCUGUAUCCGGCACAGUUGUGGAGUUGUCUGAGCUGCGGCCUCUUGCUAGGCCUGCGAUGUCACGUUCAUCGGUGACAAGGCCUUUCUGCAGCUCGGUCUCAUUCAGGUGAAUGGAAUUAUGUUGCAAUACCAGGCACAGACACUACAUGUGUGGCGCUGUGCUUGGUAUACUGUGAAGUGCCUGCAGCACUUAUCCAAGCAACAUGGACCCUUGAGAGAAGGGCGUCGGACCCCAACAAGUCUGAUAUGGGUGACCUACUUUAAGGAUAGGUCUUUAGGAUGUAUGCAACAGAAGAACCAGUAGAAGGUGUCUCCAUAUGUAGAAUUGAAUACGCUGUGCCAUGUUGAGCGUCCGCACAUUUUCAGGAAGGUGGGGGACUAUUGACAGUAGCGUAUGAUGAUUACACUAUUCCUGGUGGUAUAUGAUCCAUAAAGCAGCGGGCCAGGGUUGUGGGUUGUCACUGCUCUACUUUUCAUGCAUUAUAUUGUAUUACACCUUACAGUAUUACAGGUCAGAACUAGUGAAAUAUAGAUGUACAAUUUCAGCUUCUUCCAUAUUUAUAGGUGACAUGUGCGGUUUUAUAUGCAGUUUUGCCUAUUUUUUUAAAAAAUAAAUCAGGAACGUACAAAUGACUGGGGAGGAGGAGAACACCUUUAUGGAAACCACAACAGACGCACUACAUGUGAAUGAGCCCAAAAGCUUCAGAAAGACUGCAAAGCCAGAAGUGACUCCAGCAGGAAAGCGCAGUAAAAGGCUUUCCUAUAGAUUUCCUAUUUCUCUGACUUCAAAAAAAAAAACUGCACCAAAAACUACCUGUGUGAUUCCUGCCUAAGGCCCCAUGCACACGACUUUUUUUUUUUUUUUUUUUUCCCCAUCCACGUGCUAUUUGUGUUUAUUGCAGAUAGAAAUGAAGGAAU